AUGAGAAACCACACAACAACAGCAUUCGUUCUCUUGGGACUAAUGGAAGAUCCACAAAUUCAAAGUCUGCUUUUGAUUUUUCUUCUUUUUACCUACUUGUUGAAUAUAACUGGGAACUUGACAAUUAUCUCACUUACGUUAAUGGAUCCUCACCUUAAAACACCAAUGUACUUUUUCCUACAAAACUUUUCCUUCUUAGAAAUCUUAUUCACAUCAGCUUGUAUUCCUAGAUACUUGUAUAAUCUUUCAACAGGUGACAAGACUAUUACCUACUGUGCUUGUGCCAGUCAAGCAUUCUUCACUGAUCCUUUUGGAGUAACUGAAUUUGUCCUCCUGGCCACCAUGUCCUAUGACCGCUACGUGGCCAUCUGCAAGCCCCUGCAUUACACCACCAUCAUGAGCAACACAGCCUGCAGAAGACUUGUUGCUUGCUGUUGGGUGGCUGGCUUAUUUAUCAUACUCCCACCAUUCAUCCUGAGUCAAAAUCUAGAAUUCUGUGAUUCUAAUGUCAUUGAUAGCUUUCUUUGUGAUGUGUCUCCCUUCCUGAAGAUCUCAUGCUCAGACACAUGGGUCAUUGAGCAGAUGGUCAUAGGCUGUGCUGUGUUGACCUUCAUCACAACCCUUCUUUGUGUAGUGCUUUCCUACGUAUACAUAAUGAAGACAAUCAUAAGAUUCCCUUCUGCCCAACAAAGGAAAAAGGCCUUUUCUACCUGUUCUUCCCACAUGAUUGUGGUUUCUAUCACCUACAGCAGCUGCAUCUUCAUCUAUGUCAAACCUUCCACAAAGGACUCAGUGGCCAUUAAUAAGGGUGUGCUAGUGCUAACUACAUCCAUCGCUCCCAUGCUGAACCCCUUCAUUUACACCUUGAGGAACAAGCAAGUCAAACAGGCCUUCAGUGACUCAGUCAAAAGAAUUGCCUUAGAGUGCUGA